AGAAAUUUAAAUUUUCCAUGUGAAAGGUGAUUGGAAGCUUUGCGUCUUUGAACCGUCGGUUUUUUGUUCAUCACAGGAAAAAAAAAAAAAAAAGCUUAAGAAUUUGAGGCGUCUUCUUCGUUCCAAUUCCUCUGAAAUUGAUCGACCCUCGAAGUUCUUUGUUUGCUCGCGAAGCUACCGCGGGAUUUCCACGCCGUUGCUCCCUUUUGACUAUUUGUUGCCUGUGAUAAUCUUCAUCUUCAUCUUUAUUGGCUCUCUUCCAUACAAAAAGGGGGUUUUCGCUCUAUAUUCUUUUUGUUAAUCCGUUUGGAACUUUGAAGAUCUUGUUUCUUGCUUCGAUCCUGUACCGUAAAGAGGGUUUCGUGAAUCGAGGUUUGUGAAAAAAACGUUCGCAAUGUUGCUGCAGAGUCGAAUGGCCGCUGGUGCGGCUUGUAAACGGGUGGGGCAAUCGUUAGCCAAUUCAGGUUUUCAAAGGUUUGGAGUCCCGAAGGCGUCUUCGUUUGAAAGCGCAAUUUCCGACCAUUCUGCAAAUAGUUCAUCGGCGGCAUCCAUCUCCUUGAUUUCUCGGUAUAGGCAGAUCUCUCAGCUUGCGAAAUCUAACGGGAAGCGAUUGUUUCUAGUCGACACUUUAGCCCUAGUUAGGAAAUUGGAGGGUCAAGGGGUGCCCUCAAAUCAAGCUGAGGCAAUAACAGCUGCCAUUACUGAAGUGUUGAAUGAUAGCUUGGAAAAUAUAUCUCAUUCAUUUGUUUCAAAGGGAGAGAUGCAGAAAGUUGAAAUGAUCCAGGAUUCAAAUUUGUCAAAAUUCAAAUCUGAAGUUCAAAGUUCACAGGGGCACCAUUUUUCUUUAUUGGGACACGAGACAGAAAAACUUCGAAAUGAUAUCGAGAAGAUGCGUAGUGAGUUGAGGUAUGAAAUCGACAAAGUCACAGCUGGACAGCGAUUGGAUUUGAAUCUUGAAAGAGGGAGGAUACGGGAUGAGCUAGCUAAUCAGAAUGCUGAAACAACUAACCUGACGAAUAAACUCGAUCGGGAAAUUCAUGGUCUGAGGGCACAGCUGGAAGCUGCCAAAUACGAUGUAAUAAAAUACUGCAUUGGAACCCUUGUUUCCAUCUCUGCUGUUGGUCUAGCUGUGUUGCGCAUCUUAAUGUAAACAGUUCAAAAUCAUGAACUGGUUUAGGGGAUUGAUCAAGAAUUUGACAAGAUUAUUGUUUACUUUCAGUUUUUUUUUGUUCUUUAACCUUCUUUUAGAGAGGAUUCUGGGAAGUUGAGCUAUUUUCUCCGAGAGAGUUUCCAUGUUUUAUUUGUGUCGUCAUGGAAAUGGACCUCGUUGUAGCCAUUUGAAUUGUUCUCAUUUGAGAAUAUGAUUAUAGAUAGUGAUAAUAAACAUUGUUGUAAUUUUAUGUGAUCAGGGGAUGUUCAACUCAUUAGUAUCCA